GAUCCUUACCAUGGUACAAUCGUGCUAGCAACUGUGAAAGGAGAUGUACAUGAUAUCGGCAAGAACAUUGUGGGAGUUGUUCUGGGCUGCAACAACUUCAGAGUUAUUGAUUUAGGAGUCAUGACUCCAUGUGAUAAGAUACUGAGAGCCGCUGUUGAGAACAAAGCAGAUAUAAUUGGCCUGUCUGGUCUCAUCACCCCUUCUUUGGAUGAAAUGAUUUUUGUCGCCAAGGAAAUGGAGAGAUUGGCAAUAAAGAUUCCUUUGCUGAUUGGAGGAGCAACUACUUCUAAAACACACACAGCUGUUAAAAUUGCUCCACGAUAUAGUGCACCUGUAAUUCAUGUCCUGGAUGCAUCCAAGAGUGUUGUGGUUUGCUCCCAGCUCUUAGAUGAAAGUGUAAAGGAUGAUUUCUUUGAAGAAAUACUAGAGGAAUAUGAAGAAAUCAGACAAGAACACUAUGAGUCUCUCAAGGAAAGAAGAUACUUGUCUUUAGAACAAGCAAGAAGAAAGGGUUUCCAUAAUGACUGGUUAUCAGGCCAUAAACCAGUUAAACCAAAAUUCAUUGGCACAAAAGUCUUUGAAGAUUAUGACCUGAAGAGGCUGGUAGAAUACAUUGACUGGAAGCCUUUCUUUGAUGUCUGGCAACUUAGGGGAAAGUAUCCCAACCGCGGUUUCCCUAAAGUCUUUAAUGAUAAAACUGUAGGUGAAGAGGCAAAGAGAGUUUAUAAUGAUGCUCAAAAUCUACUGGAAAAGUUGAUUAAUCAAAAGAGAUUACAAGCCAGAGGUGUGGUUGGGUUCUGGCCAGCUCAAAGUGUCCAAGAUGAUAUCCAUUUAUAUGCUGCAGAAGAGGCAGUGGGAUCUUCGGAACCAAUAGCAAAAUUUUAUGGCUUGAGGCAACAGGCUGAAAAGGAUUCUGCCUGCACAGAUCCAUAUUACUGCCUCUCUGACUUCAUAGCACCACUGGAUUCUGGCAUUUGUGACUACUUAGGCCUGUUUGCUGUGGCCUGCUUUGGUGUAGAUGAGUUAUGCAGUGAAUUCAGGAAACAGGAUGAUGAAUACAACAUCAUAAUGGUAAAGGCUCUUGGUGAUCGGUUGGCAGAGGCAUUUGCCGAGGAGCUCCAUGAAAGGGUGCGAAGGGAAUUCUGGGCUUACUGUAGUACUGAGCAGCUGGAUCUCUCUGACCUACGCAGAAUUAAAUAUGUGGGAAUUCGCCCUGCCCCUGGAUAUCCAAGCCAGCCUGACCAUACAGAAAAACUCACCAUGUGGAAACUUGCAAAUAUUGAGGAAACAACAGGAAUUGGUUUGACUGAAUCACUAGCAAUGAUGCCUGCUUCUGCAGUUUCUGGCCUCUACUUUUCCAAUCCCAAAUCCAAAUACUUUGCUGUUGGCAAGAUAUGUAAAGAUCAGGUUGAAGAUUAUGCACUGAGAAAAAAUUUGUCUGUGACAGAGGUGGAGAAAUGGCUGGGACCCAUUUUGGGAUAUGAUACUGAAUAACUGUGACACUUGUGGGCGAACAUUUGCCUUUGAUGGUCUUUUUGUCAGA